UUGAAGUGCUUCGUGUGUUUUCGGACAGUUACGGUAUCUGUCGGUGUGGUUCGGUGUGGCUACGAGUGGUCCGACAGAGCCGAAGCUGCGGAUCAUUCAGCGGGGCUGGUCAAUCAACAGUAACUCCUGAUGAUCGAUCACAGAUGGACCUUCCUGAGGGUUCUGAGGUUCCUGAGCUGGUUCUGGUGUUCAGCGGGAAGAGGAAGUCGGGGAAGGAUUUUGUGACGGACCGGAUUCAGCGGCGUUUGGGCUCUGAGGUCUGCGGCAUCCUACGACUGUCGGGACCGCUGAAGCAGCAGUAUGCUCAGGAACAUGGUCUGGAUCUGGACCAGCUGCUGGGUUCUGGUCCUUACAAAGAGCGUUACCGGGCCGACAUGAUCCACUGGGGAGAGACUCGGCGCCUGCAGGAUCCUGGGUUCUUCUGUCGCCUGGCAACCAGGGGGAUCCGGCAACCUGUGUGGGUGGUGAGUGAUGCUCGGCGGUUGUCAGAUCUGCAGUGGUUCCGGUCCAAGUUUCCUCGACAGACUCAAUGUGUGCGAGUCCAAAGUUCAGAAGAGACCAGGAUGCAGAGGGGGUGGAGCUUCACUGCAGGUGUGGAUGAUGCCGAGUCAGAGUGCGGGUUGGACAGCGGUGUCCAGUUUGAUUGGAUCAUCACUAAUGAGGGAGACGCUCCCUCCUUAGAUGAACAGCUGCAGCCGAUCCUAAAGCUGGCAGAGGAAGCAUCAUCAUCAUCAUCAUCAUCAUCAUCAUCCAUCAGUCGCAGCUGAUCAUCACUGAUUAAUAACCUUAUUGAUAACUGCUGAUCAUCGAUUCUCAGGAUCAGCUGAUCAAUUAUGCAAAACCCUUUCAGUCCUCAGAGGCUGAUCAAUAAAUGAGUAUUACUUGAUCAGGUUGGUGAGUCAGACUCACCUGAGCAGGUGAAACAUAAGAAGCCAAUUAUCUAAAUUAAAUCUUUAUCAACACAAACAUAAGAUCAGUCGUUUCUGACUCGUCAAUAACCAGGUAACGUCUGUCAGACCUGCAGGUGACUUGGGCUGAGCAUGUGCAGAACAAAGUAAUCCAAUUACUGAGCAGGUGUACAAGAGUACAUCUCACUCAGAUGUAACACUACAGGUUGACCAGCAGGUGGCGUUGCUCUGAAUAAUGAAGCAGAAAGACUCCGCCUCCAGACUGAACCAGCUCACCUGGUGAAGGAUCAAAUAGAAACCAGAACCUGGAACGUGUUUCAUUAAGUUUUGUGGUUCAUACCGGCAGGUAAACACGUUUGACACCACAACGCCAUGAACGUUGGGUAAUUCCCUCAGAAAGUGUCCUUAGAACCAGAACCAUUAAACAGAUUCUGAUUCUGUUUAACAGCAGUAAGUCCAUUUCACUGUUUAAUGCAAACUUCAUGUUCGCCAAUAUUUUAAUAAAAUCAUCUGUAAAAAUAAACAUCAUCCACAGAUCAAUAAAACCUCAGAGUCUGUGUUUGGGUCUA